AUGGUUUUCCACUUUGAUGGAUGUUUGUGGGCCAUCCUGUGGAUGGUGGCAUUGGUUUCUGCAGCCAAUCAGGAGCAGCCACCGGUUUUCAGGCGUGGAGGUUCUAAUUUCAUCAUGGAAUCCCUAGUUACCACUUGUGAUAACAAUUUUGUGGAUUAUUUUCGUAAAGUUCCGAAUACAGUGGAUAUCUACACCUUCCGAGUGGUUAAGCUGGCUUCCAGAUUUACCAUCGAUAUAGCUGUAAGAGUCCUGAAAACCAAGAGAGUGAUGUACAGGGUGAAUAACCUAGAUGGCUGUGAAUUCCUAAUGAAUCCUCUGAUGAAUCGAGUUUUUGGAUCUGUUUACAAAAGGCUAAUCGUGAAUGGGACUUUCUUUAGCUGUCCGAUUAAGCCGGGUGUGUAUUAUCUAAGGAACGAGGGAUCUGUGGCCAUGUUGCCUAGUUUUCAUCCACCUGGAAGAUAUCAAAUCACCAUGAGAGUAAGGAUGCAUGAGAGUCGUGCUCCCUUUGUGAUGGAGAUGCUGUGGAUUUAUAAUGUUGUUCGUAUUAAGUAA